AUGUAUCCAUGUAUCAUAAAUAAUUUUAAUGUUACGUUUUCAGCACGCGCUGCUCAUCUAGAGGUAGCUUCAAAGAGAAGAUCGUCACAAAACGACCGGUUAGUUCCUUAUAUAACCAAACUUGAAAAACAAAGUAAUUUGCUUUUAGGCCGAUUCUUCAUGCGCCAUGGGAACAAUCAACAACAUCACACACAGUGCCGCGAGGAGGAGUGAGGAGUCAAUAUGAAAAACGGUAAGCGUUUGUAUAUCAAAAUAAUUCUAACCCAAAAUGAGUUCACACAGUGUGAAUUCCACACACUGUUGUGAACAAGCAUAAAAAAGUUAUGCUCAUUUGAAAGAGCAUGUUCUAAUUAGCACAAUCCUAGAAGGAUUUUUUCUGUAAGCUUUUCAAAUAUUGGUUCAAAAAUUUCAAAGUUCGAAAAAACAGUGAACAACCAUGUAAAAUAGAUUGAAAAUCCAGAUGUCCAGCCUCAAGAAAUCGAAAGCGUGCUACGCCGCGUUUUGAGGCUUUUGGCGUUCACGCGGCGCUCAGAUAUCGCUUAUUUCGCGAGUUCUGUGCGCCGCGUGAACGUUCACUGUUUUUUCGAACUUUGAAAUUUUUAAACCUAUAUUUGAAAAGCUUACAGAAAAAUCCUUCGAGGAUUGUUUUAAUUAAGACGAGCUCUUUCAAAUGAGCAUAACUUAUUUUUUGCUCAGACUCCAUCUUCAAAUUGACAACAAAUUGAAAAUUUUUAAAGUCAUAAUUUGAAAAAAUCCGAUUUCAAAUUCAUCUAGAAAUUUUUCAGAUUCACCUACGGACCAAUCACCAACAACAACACCAAAUUCAGCAACCCGGAACUCCAAUCCACCGACAACAACGACAACAAGUCUCCCUUCAUCAACACCAACCAUCGGUCAACCACCGACAUCAGGACAACGACUAAUUAUAAUUACUGUUCGCUAUAUUUUUGA